GCGGAAACAAAAUAGUAUUCAGAGUCAUUCAGAGUACGGAAUUUGGUAUCAUACUGCUUACUAGAAACAUGGACUACGACGAAGAAGCGAAAUGAAAUGUCAAAAACAAGGUAGUAGAUGUGUCUUGAUCAUGUCGUGUGUAGUCAGGAAAGAAUGUCAUGUUCGGCGCUUUACUACUGUAGCUUGAAACAUUGAAACACUGCUAAGUACAGGGACGAGGAAAGGGAGGGGAUAGGAAGACGAAAGCAUGGCGAAGUGCGAGACGAAUACCUGGUAGUGGUAGAAUAGGACAGUCAUGCUCUACUCAAUACAUACAUUGUAUGCAGAACGUGUAGAAUCCAGACUGAUGGCGAAGUAUGUGGAUCGACUUGAGUGCGUCACUGGUCAAUCUUCUCCCGUGUGGCUGCUCUAGGGUCCAGACCACGCCCUCCCUAGGUUCUCCAGAUUCGUCCCCUCUCUCCAACUCCUCCCGCCGGAAUCCCUGUAACUUGGGGAACGUUCUACGAGAAUAGUGCUAGCGGUUGAGUAGCGAGUUAGUGCGCGCAAGCUGACAGGUUUCGCAGUUAAGUUCGUUCGUUUGUUUUUAGGUUAUGUACGGUGUUACCACAAGGAAACGAGGGAGGAUGUGGAGUACCAUGUUUUAGAGCUUAAAUCCCUCUUGAGGAAAUGAGGAGGAGAUAGGAUAUUGGAGAAG